UUGCAGGUCUGCAGAAGACGUCGACUCCAACCAAACACCUCCGGCACGACUUCUUCAGGAAACACCUGACGAAGUCUUCGCCCUCCAUUUGGAUCCGUGGACAGUUUAAUAUGAGACUCAUGCUGAGGGUGAAAGAAUGAUAAUGGGAGUGGCAGAGUAAAGGAGUCUCAAACACAUAAACAGGUAAUAAACAGGUGCAGUGAUGGCGGCGUGGCUGAGCCGGCUGUCUUUAGGCGACGCCUGGUACAACAUGUAUUCUCGCCUCCUGCGAACCAAACCUGUGGGCUCCAUGGCUCACAGCUCUGAUGACCUCACCGAGCUCGCAGAGGGGUCACCGGUUGGACUCGCCAAGGUCCUGACCACUGUGGACCUGGUGUCGCUUGGGGUAGGCAGCUGCGUCGGCACGGGGAUGUACGUGGUCGCCGGGCUGGUUGCCAAAGCCAUGGCUGGACCUGGGGUCAUCCUGUCGUUUAUUAUUGCAGCCGUGGCGUCCAUACUGUCAGGUGUGUGCUACGCAGAGUUUGGUGUCCGGGUCCCCAAGACGACCGGUUCGGCCUACACCUACAGCUACGUGACGGUCGGGGAGUUUGUGGCGUUUUUCAUUGGCUGGAACCUGAUCCUGGAGUAUCUGAUUGGCACAGCGGCGGGGGCGUCGGCUCUCAGCAGCAUGUUCGACUCCCUGGCCAAUCACACCAUCAGUAACUACAUGAUAACACACCUGGGCACGCUCAGAGGACUUGGUAAAGGUGAGGACACGUACCCUGACCUGCUGGCCCUGUUCAUCGCCCUGCUGGUCACAGUGAUCAUUGCUCUCGGUGUGCGGAACUCAGUGGGAUUCAACAACAUCCUCAACGUGGUCAACCUGGUGGUCUGGAUCUUCAUCGUCAUCGCCGGAUUGUUUUUCCUCUCUGCCAGCAACUGGGGGGGCGGCAAGUUCCUGCCUUACGGCUGGUCAGGGGUGAUGCAAGGUGCAGCGACUUGCUUCUACGCCUUCAUCGGCUUCGACAUCAUUGCAACGACAGGAGAGGAGGCGAAAAACCCAUACACCUCCAUCCCGUACGCCAUUACCGCCUCGCUGGUCACCUGCCUCACUGCCUACGUGUCGGUGAGCGUGAUCCUGACCCUCAUGGUUCCCUACAACCUGAUCGAUGGCUCAGCUCCUCUCAUGGAGAUGUUUGCAGUGCAUGGCUUCCUUUGGGGGAAAUACACCGUGGCUUUGGGGUCCAUAGCCGGACUCACCGUCUCUCUGUUAGGCUCUUUGUUCCCCAUGCCCAGAGUCAUCUACGCCAUGGCCCGGGACGGACUGCUGUUCAGGUUCUUGUCACAUGUAUCUGCGCUCACACACACUCCCACGGUGGCAUGUGUGGUGUCGGGGGUGUUCGCGGCCAUCCUCGCCCUGCUGGUGAGCCUCAGGGACCUGAUCGAGAUGAUGUCCAUCGGCACCCUGCUGGCCUACACUCUGGUCAGUGUGUGUGUGCUCUUACUGCGCUACCAGCCUGACGAACAGACUGACACACACCAGUUUAACUCCGGGGAGGACGUGGACGUCAUGAAGUUCCAGGACGACGGGACUCUCCCUACCAAAGACGACGAGAUGCUGAUCGGAGGCUCAGGCGGCGAUGGAUCGGCGUCCUACCACACCGGCGGGACUGAAGGAGAGGGUGAUGACUCUGAUUUCCACACAGGCCAUGCCUCGUUGCUGAAAAGGCUUCUGGGAGGUCAUUACUACACCCUGCGGCUACGGCUAGGAAUGCCCGACGCAUCGGCCCGGCCCACUCCUGCCACCGGUCGCAUAGUGACCCGAUGCACCCUCCUCAUUUUCCUCACCUCCUUCCUCCUCUGGUCCACUGUUAUAUUUGGCGUUGAGCAGGGAACAGGUGCUGGGGCGGUGUUUUCAGGCCUCAUGGCCACAAUGAUGGCGGGGUCCUUGGCGAAGCUUUUAAUUAUGAUUAUCCAGCAGCCAGAGAGUGGGAAGAAACUGCCCUACAUGGCGCCCUGUGUGCCCUUUGUCCCUGCAGCCGCCAUAUUGGUGAACAGCUACCUCAUGCUGAAACUGUCUCCACUCACCUGGGCCAGGUUCAUUGUCUGGUGCUUAAUAGGUUUAUUGAUCUACGGCUGUUACGGAGUGUGGCACAGCACGCUGGAGCUGAACGCCCGGGAGGAGCAGGCCCACGCCAGCUCCUACCAGCGCUACGACGACCACCUCGACGACACCUUCUCCCCCGACGACAACCUUUACCCCCAGGAACAGGACGAGAAACCCUACCAGGGCUGGUCUGCUCCGGAGGAGAGGGGGUACGACUACCUGCAGCAAAAUCAGGACCAGCAGGAGAACGAGUAUGAUGAAGAACAGUAUCAGAGCCAGUAUGAGGAUAAUAGUGACCAGCAUGGAUACCAGUCUGGACCAGGAGGCCAGUAUACAAGCACAGGCAGCAAGUCCAGAGGAAGGACCAAUCAUGGCUUUGAUGAAGACGAGGACUGAUUAGAGGACGUUUAGUUCCUCCAAACUGAAAUGAUCUGAAAUUAUGACAGAAUGAAAAAAACUUUUUAGAUGAGACACUAUUUCCAAGACAAGCAAAGUCAUGUCACACAAUUUCAUUGUACUGUCUACCAGUGAAACCCUGCCUUUGUCUGCUCAAUGUGAAAACCUGGAUAUCAUUGGAGGAGGGGAGUAGAUACGAUGGACACCUCCCAUCACAGAUGUUAAACUAAAUGAAGCUUCAGUACAUUCUGAUGUCUGUACUCACCUUUCUUCAGCACACCCAGCAACCCAACCAUGCUGCCUCAAUUUACAUGAAACACAUGGGUCUUACAAAACUUCCCUCUGGAGAAGGGGGCAUGUAGUAUUUCUCUUCUCCCUGCACAUUUUUAAACACCACACAAUGUUUUCUAUCAGAUUGUCCCACCUACGCACCGUGUAGUUCUAUUUGGUUGGAGAAAAUAAGCAAAAAUGUGGAUCUGGAUUGAAAUCUGUAGUUUUAUUCAACACUUAAGGACUCGGAACAGGACCAGGAACAACAGAAACAUUGUCAGGACAUCCUUACUUUUGAUUUUUCAAAAUUAAGUUAAUUAAUAACUUCACAAGUACCUGGCCUGUGUGUGGUAGGCCCAUUUGAAAAUCCAGCAGAAGGCCAUCAGUACUGCUACAUAAAACUGGAACAGACGUCUACACCCCUGUCAUCAGUCUUUAUGUGGUUUCUGUUUUGCUGUUGGCUUCUGAUGAAAGUUGUUUUACUGGACUAUUUUAUCCCACUUCUUUUUCUCACACUGGAUGUUUUCCAGACACAAAUCUAGAAAUCUGGCUUACCUCUCUUGGCAGGUACUGUAGCACAAAUGCUUCUACCAAUUCUUCUUUGGUUGUGUUCGACUUCAGUGGGUGGAACCGGAGACUCCUCAGUAACCAGCAAACAUGAAAGACAAAGAUGGACCUCUGGUGAUACCAUUUGUGUUUUUAUUCAUAACCCUGGCAGACGGUGUGGCUUCCUCUUACGUCGUAUUCAUUGUUACUUACCCAGAAAAAAAUUGGUUCUUUGGCUCUGCCCACUGAGGCUUACCCUGACCAAUGAAACAGCAGUUUUUUUGGUUUCAUCUCUACUUCCUGCGUCUGUUCGUGGCAUCUCUGAAUGUCUUGGUGGUGACUUUUGUGUUUGAUUUUGUUGUUUGAGUGAAUGUGUUUACAGUGAGUGUUUGCUCUAUUUAGUGUCCGCAGCAACGCAUUGCAUUAAUGUGUGUAAAUGAGAAUGGACCGGUGUAAUUUUUUCGUGUUGCAGGAAUAAAUGUCUCAUUUUGAGUGAAAUUAUCUUUUGUGAGACUCUUAAUUAUUUAAAAACUUUUAAUAUUCACCGGGCAGACAUCAACAAUACAGGUUGAUACAUGUUGAUUAUACUGUGAAUAUGAAGUCUCAAAAUACAAAAGGUGACACAGUUAUUGUUACAAAACAAACUAUUUGUGUGUGAUUAAAUGAGAGCAGGUCAACAACAAAAACUCUCUGCACUUCAGGUAAUAGUUUGGAAAUGUGUUCAUGCGUUUUAAAGUAUAAUAAUCAUUAAAAAAAACAUUAAUCACACUUCUAAAACGACAGGAGCUCAUGAAUAGAUAAAAGCAACAGUUCACAAUUUUCAAGCCAUUAAGCUAAGGUAUAAUUGUAGGUACAUUAAUGCUAUCGAGCUAAUUCACCACCUAAAAUAAGCUUUUAAGAACAUAGUUACACCUUUUAGUCUGUGUCAUGACUAGGGCUGGGUAUCUUUAAAAAAAAAAAAGACAAUACCAG